AUGAGUAGAGUGGGUCUCACUUUCAGCCCCCAAAGAGCGGGGAGCAGAGCCUCAGAAAAACUAGCUGUUUGGGCUUACCCUGCAGCCGAGAAGGUUAAGCAAGUCAGAGAAGGAUUGGCUCGGACUGACGCGGCGCGCCACCCCUGGGGUUGCUGGGCCGCGCCGAGACCCGUUAAGCAUAAAACCGAGAAAUUGCAUGAACUUAAAGCAGUUGGACACAGUUCCUCCUCCAUGUCGCAGGCCCCGGACCCUAGCGCUUGCUCCUUGGCCAUUACCAGUACUGAACCACAGCGUCAUCAUCACCUUGAGGAUGAACGUUUGGAUCCCCGGUUUGCUGAGGGCCCUGGACUGCCUCUUCCACCAUAUCUUAGUCUAAUAGAUAAUCUUUUCAACCCAGAGACGCUAACAAAGGCUGAAAUGAAGUUUAAAGAAAAGGCAAUGAGGGAAGUGAUAGAGCUGAACAAUCAAAUAAAACGAGCUCAAAUACAGCAGGAAACGCUACAGGAGGACAGCAGGCAGCUAUGCACUGAAAAGCUACUUGUCCAGGCUGAACACAAAUUCAUUCUGGAAUACCUAACCAAAAUAACUGAGGACUAUAGAAAGCAACCAGAGAAGCUGUGGAACAACUAUGUACAAAAAAGUGGGGAGAUUGAACUUCAGAAGCAGGAAUCUGUCUCCAGAUAUGCAAAACAAACUUCAGUGCUUAAAGAAGAGCUCUUGCAGAAAGAAAAGACCCAAACCCUUUUGAAGAACCAGUUGAAGGCAAUGAAGGACAUUUUAAUAUUGAAGGAAAAACAGGAGACAGAAGUGCAGACAUUGCAGAAGGAGAAAAAGAAAAUCCAAGAUGAGACAGCUGCAAAAGCACAGGAAGUACAAGCCCAGUUACUCCAGGAAAAAGCAUUUUUGGAGAAACAACUGAGUGAGCCAGACAUAAGCCAGUUAGGAAAGAGAAAAAGAAGGGAGCUUAAGAAGAGGAGCCAGGCCUUAGAGUUGGCAGCAAAGCAGUAUACUCUUGAGUUCUAUCAUGGUAUCAACCGAGAGAACCAACAGUUACAGAAGGAUCUAAAGCACCUAGUUAAACAAUCCCAGGAGUUGGUGGCUUGUGAAAGCCAGUUAAAAAACAGGAAACAGCAACUGCAGCAGGAACAGUGGUAUCUAGAAGGCAUAAUCCGGGGAAGGCAACGAAUACAAGGAAAGUAACAGGAUGUUCCAAAGACCACCCUUAACCCUCCCCUAGGCACCAAAUCAAGGAUUAAAUCCAAAUAA